AUGUAUACUGUAACCAAAUAUCUAUCACGUUACCAUUUGACUAAGCGCUUCUAUUCAGAUGACGCGACAAUAUUGAAAAAAUCUUUAUUUUUACCAAUAACAAAAUUUAAAAGCAGAUUGAAUGUAGAACAAACUAUUCAAAGAGACAGCAAUAUUUUUAAAGUAAAACAUAUAGUUCUUGUUUUAACACACACAAAAUAUAUAUGAGUUAAUCAUUUUAAUAGACAUGUGGAUUUUCGGAUUUAUAUUCUUGGCAAAGAGAACACAUGAAAAAUGAAGAAUUUAUCUUACAUGAUGGGCCACCAUAUGCAAAUGGUUCUGCACAUAUUGGACAUGCUUUAAAUAAAGUAAUUUUCUUAAAUGUACUAUUUAGUGUCUUGUGUAUUUCAUAUUUAUUACUUUAUAGAUACUUAAAGAUAUUACUAUUCGUUCUAAACUUAUAAAUGGAAAUAAAAUUAAUUAUAUACCAGGGUGGGAUUGUCAUGGUCUGCCCAUUGAGUUGAAAGCUGAAAAGAUUCAUGGUAACAAAUGGAAGAAUUAUAGCCCUUUAAAAAUACGACAAAAUGGUAAGAAAGAUUCAAAAUAAUACAAAUAAUAAGAACUUUAAGCCACUUGCACGGGGUAAAUAAUGAUUAACAGCUUAAUUUAGUCGUAAUUUUAAAGUGUUAUCAUUAAACUAUAUGUUCGUACAUUUUUAUCAUAUCUAAUAAUGUUAAUACAUUUAGUACUGUUUUUUUUUUCCUAAGUGUUUUUAGUUAAACUUUUUGCCGAUGAAUUAUAGUUUUGUGUUAUCUCAGUGUUCUGUUCACUAGCUAGAAUAUCAUAAAAUUAUCAAUAUCAGUGUUUCAAAAUAAUUUACUUUGUGCGAGUAAUUCGUUUUCAGUUUUGGUUUACUAGUUUUGAAAAUUUAAAAUGAACACUUUUAAAAAACAACGUUUAGAACACCUUAUCAAUGUCGUCAGUGAUGAAGAAGUUUAAGAUGGUGUGUGUGUCAGAUAACGAAUAUACUAAAGAACCAUUUACUAAAAAUAUGAGUAACAGGCAUGGAAGCAAGUCACUACAAUUACUAUAAGUCACUGUUUUCCUUUUAUCACCAACAGUUAAUUACUUAAAUUACUAUAUAAGUCACUUAUUUUUAUCAUAGCAUUCUGUUUUAUUUAAUAUAAUUUAUUAAAUUUAAAUGUUUAUAUGCUAAUAUGAAAACAAUUCAGAGUGUAGCAAGGAACAUAUUUCACCUUUUCUGAAAGGAAAUUUUAUCUAGUUUGUGCUUAAGGGAGGUCAUUUUUUGAUUUUCCAAGAGGUUUUCAUAAAAGUUGAAAUCUCGCUUCAAUCAAAAAAAACAAGAGACCUUUAUUGGAAUAUUUUGGAUCUAGUUACUUGGAAAAAAUUAUUUUUUGAUUUUCUGUAAAUUUUGUUUAAUAAUUGAUCUGAACCAAACAAAUGUAGAAGGAAUGGGAAAUUGUAUGAAAUGCUUUUAUUAUUUUCAAUUUUGCUUUUAGAUUCUGAGUGGAGCGAAGAACCUUAUGAUUUUACAAAGAUGUUUACUUUUUUUUUUUUAUGUGAACAAUUUUUCUUCUAGAGAUCUUGCUCCCAUUUUUAAGUGUAGCAUAUUUUAUGAAAGGCAUUCAGUUUGGGGAGGUACUUUAGGGAGAUCAUUUUUCGAUUUUAUCAGGAGUUUUCUCAUCAAAUGUGAAAAACUGGGAAAAAUUUUGCAAAAAAGGGAAAAUUGGUACAUUAAACAAAUAUUAUAAAAGAAAUAUAUUAUGCCUAUUUAAUUAUUUUUCUGUAAUAUGAUAUACAUUUCGUUAACAAUGGUUUAUUGUUGCUUACAGAUACACAUUAAAUUUUUCCUCCAUAACCUUCCCAACAUCGCUCCUAUAACAGUGGCUGCUCCCGUCUCCAUAUUAUCCUAGGACAUCUUUUUUUAAUAAUACCCACCUAAGUUUGUAUAGUUUCUCGGUUUUCCCCUUUUUUGAGAAAACUUUUGGGAAAAUCAAAAAAUGACUUCUUUGAAGUACCUCCCCAGUUAAAAGGAAUUCUAUUCUUAUUAGAAAAAAUGAUAUAAUUGUGAAUCGGAUAAAAAUUGCCAGUAUAAAAAAGUUAUUCCCAGAUAAAAUUUAUUAUUACUUACAGGUAUAAAUUAAAUAAAUUUAUGUAUUGCACAAUCUCAAUUGCUGAUCUAUUAUAGUGGUUGCACCUGUCCCCAGUAUCAACUCCUUUUUUUUUUUAUUAUUCUGAUAAGUUUUCUUUAAAAAUGUCUAUCUAUACUUAUUUAUAGAAGAAAGUUAAUUCACUUUCAAUAUAUUGUUUUUUAAUAUUUUGCUAUACUACAAAAAAACUAUUUUAUUUUUUCUGGUAGAAUUAAAAUAUAAGUACAUUUCAAAAAAAUAUAAUAUUGUACGAAAAACAAAAUUAUGACGACCCCUAGUCGUUAUCUGCCAUAUGCAAGUGUUGUUCGUAGCGUAUAGCCAAAGACUAUGUGUUCAUAACUUAUAUGUUUUUAUCAAUAAUGGCACGGCUACUGGGGUAAGACACCAAAAUACCGCUUGUAUUGAAGGUGUUAAAUUACUUACUCUAUAUUAUACAAUAUCUUACCUUUACUACUACUCAAUUAUAAAAAAAUGUGUACAAUUAUAUAAUUUCUUUAGCUAGAAAAUAUGCUUCAAAGGAAAUAGAAAAACAAAAGAAAGUAUUCAAGUCUUGGGGUAUCCUUGCUGAUUGGGAAAAAAACUGUUAUUAUACCUUUGAUAAAAAUUAUAUCCAAAAACAAAUUCAACAAUUUUAUGAACUCUAUAAAAAAGUAAUUAAAAAUAAUAUAUACCUUAUUUAAACUAUAAAAUAAUAAUAUUUUAUUAUUAGGGAUCAAUAUAUAGAGAUCUCAAACCAGUGUAUUGGUCACCAUCUUCCAAGUAAUUUUAUCUGUAUUUAAUAUUUUUAUUUUACAUAUUAUUUAUUUUAUUCCAUAAUUUUGUAGAAGUGCACUAGCUGAAGCAGAAUUGGAAUACAAUACUAACCAUCAAAGUAAAUCUGUUACUGUCAAACUUGAAUUAUGUCCUUCUACUUUUUCAAUUAAUUUGAGUAACAGUGAAAUAAUUUAUGCACUUAUUUGGACUACUACUCCAUGGACAUUACCAGGAAAUGUUGCUGUUGUGUAUUCAUCUAAUUUAAUGUACUCAUUUGUAAAAAUUUUUGAUAUUCCUGGUAUAUAUUUAUUAGCCACUGAUCUAAUACAAAAUCUAAGUACUAAAAUAAAUAAAUCUAUUGAAAUAAUCUCAACAAUUAAAGGUAAGUACCAUAUAUUUAUUUAAAAAAAUAUAUAUAGGUAUUUAAAAUAAUUUUUUAGGUAAUGAACUCAGCAGUUUAAAAUACAAAAGCUUGAGGUUUGGUGAAGAUGAUAAACCUUUUUUAGCUGGAGAUCAUGUAACUACAGAUAAAGGUACUGGAUUAGUUCACACUGCACCAGCUUAUGGGCAUGAUGAUUUUUUGAUUGCAUUGAAACAUAAAAUACCAAUUGUAAGAGUCAACAUACAGUUUCAUUAUAAGUCAUAUACCGUCAUAUGGCAUAAGUCCGACCAUUUUUAAGCCAUUUCAUUCAUAAAAAAUUAAUUUAUAGCUUAAUUUGAAUUAUUUCAAUGCCAAUUAUUAGGUGUCAACUCCUAAUACAUUAUAAGAAAAACAUUUUUAAAAAUGUCGAUUUUGCUAACUUUGCCAACUUAAAAUGCAUAUUUAUAGCUAUCCGAAGUUACCCCUAAUUUUUCAUAACUUUGGAUUCCCCAUUUAUUUUACUUGUUAUUCAUAUGACAGGACAAAUUUUAAAAAGUAAAGGUUAGUUUGGAUACUUCAGUAUGUUUUUAAAAAAAUAUUUUCUAAAAAAAAUAUGGAAAUAUGGAAAUAUCAAAAGUUAUUGUAAUUGAAAAAAAAUUUAUAAGAAUAUUUUUCUUUAAUACUGUUUUUUUGACAAAAACAGUUUGUUAAAUUUUAAAAUAGGUAUAAUAUAAUAAAACAAUACUAUAAAAUACAACAUUUUCUUGUAGAAAAUAAAAUAAAAUAAUUUCCUUUUUCAUAUAGAUAAAAUAAAAUGUUUCCUUAUACCAACAUAAAUAAAUAUUAAUAAAUCAGUCAAAACUUAAAAAUUAAAAUCUAUAAAACAUCUUCAGAAAAUGUGUAAAGGCCUUUUCUUCUAAAAGGUUUUGAAAGUUUCCUAAUAAUUGAUUGACGUUCUGUAUUGUCUCUAUCUUCAAUACCCGGAAAUAUGAACAUCAUUUAACUAAAGAUUAUUACUAUUACAAUGAAACUUGUAAUAGUAACCACCUAUUGUAAUAGGACCAAUAAGACUACUACAAUGGGUCUCAUAAAAUAAAUGUCAAACUAGACUUUUUAAAUUUUUUUUAUUUGGCCAAUAUAAAAUCUUUUCGAUUUGCUUAGUUAAUCAUCUGCAAUAAUAAAAUUAUCUAUUUCAAAAUAAUUUAAAUUUUCCACACAAUCUUCACAAUCUUGAUCUCCACGUGAUCUUAUCAUUAUGUAAUAUAUUUCUAAUUACAAUUACGUUUUUUCGUAUUUCCCAUUUUUAUGUCCGAACUUAAAACAAUAAAAAACAAACUUGAUUAGAAAUCAAUAACAUACAUACUAAAAUACUUAUUUUCAAUGCUUAACGUUCUAGUGCACAUGCUGUUCACAAAGUAGCCGAUAGAACAACACAUUUUAUCACAAAUAUUUUUUUUCUUUGAAUCAAAUAACAAACUUUCAUAUAAAUAUAAUAUAUUUUCAAAUCAAUUAAUCAACCCUAUUAUAGAAGAUAAUUCUAAUAAUCUGAACACGUAUAAAAUCAAAAAAAAAAAAAAUGUUUUCUAUGCAUUAUCAACAAAAAUAUUGAAAACAUUUAAUGACCAAAGUUAUGCCAUAUGACUGUACUUUUAAUUUGUCUUCAAAUAGUUUCUGAUAAUUAUUAAUCUUAAACAUUUUUAUAGGAAUGCCAUGUGGAUGAGUGUGGUGUUUUUAUGCCACAAACAUGGUCAGAACUUAUAAAUUUAGCUGUUUUAGAUGAAGGAAAUGAAAUGGUAUGCACAUUAUUGAGUAAUAAAAUACUACAUACAGAAAUGUAUGAACAUAGUUACCCUUAUGACUGGCGCACCAAGUUACCAGUAAUUAUUCGUGCUAGUAAACAAUGGUUUUUGGAUACAGGAACAAUAAAAAAACAAUCAAUUGUAAAUAUAUCAUUUAUAAAUAAUUUAUAAUCAGCUGUACUAACCUUAAAUAAUAUAAUUUAUUUACAGUAGUGGAUCUAGAGUAUGAUUACCCUCCCUCCAUUCCCCUUGCUUCAUAAUAAUAUAAUAUUCUUAAUUUGAUUUUCAUCAUAAAUGUGUUAAAUAUAAAUUUUCAAAAUUCAAAUUGAGAAGGGAUUCUCUUUUUUAUUUUUAUUUACAUCUGUCCCUGCCUAUUACGCAAUAUACUAUAUAUAAAUGUUAUUAUCACCAUAGCAAUGUGCAAUAGCAUUUUCAAUACCCACCUUCUUUAUUAGAUACAUUAUUUUUUUGUUAAUAGUAUACUAUGUAUUUAUUUUGUUUAUAUUAUAUACAGAUAGUGAUCAACAUAAUGUAAGACAUACAUUAUCUCAGAAAAUAUUGACUUGUUCAAAAUUUGUUUUUUAGAACAUUUAACAAAUAACUACUAAUACAUUACUGUUAUUUUAAGGGAUGAAACCACUAACUUUUUUUUGAUUUUCAAAUGGCAACUUAGACAAAAAAAAAUUAAAAAUCUGUCCUAGGAUAAUGGGGAUGGUUGCAACCACUGUUAUAGGUAAUUUUAUUUAUAUCUGUAAGCAAUGAUUAAUCAAUAAAAUAAAUAAACACCAUUGUAAAGCUAAUAUAUUCCUCACCCUGCUUAGAAUCUAAAAUAGAUUGAGUAUCAAUUUAAAUACAAUUUAAUGUUGACAUUGUUGAUAAGAUAUUAUGUUUUUAAAUUUAGAUAGGGGUAGAAUAGGGGAAUACUAUAGAAAUGCCAAGUGCCAUGCAGUCACACAAAUUAUGCAUUACUACUCUUCCCCUGUGGAAUUAAAAGAAGAAUACCCGUUGACGAGAUUGAAAAUGUCAAUACCAAAAUUGAUUUAAAUUUAUACUCUAUUUACUUAUGGAAUUUUUAAUAUAGGUUGUCAUUUUAAAAUCAAAAGUAGGAAGUGUUUUAACCCUUUAAAAUAACAAUGACAAAAAUAACUGUAACGUAACAUUUUAGAACUACUUAUUUUUUAAAUGUUUUAAAAAGUAAAUUACUAAGCAAAGUUAAUACUUUUCGAGAUAAUGAGCUUCUAAUGUUAUGUUGAUCAUUUUGUAGGGUUUAAUUUAAUUAUUAAAGUUCUUAAAAAGACACUAAAUAAACAAAGAAUACAUCUGUAUUACUUAUUAUGUAAAUAGAAUGCUAUGGAAAUGGAUGUCAUGUUACAUUGUUACAAUGAGUUCAAAUAUGAAAGUGCUUUGUCUUGCUUAUUCGAUAGUUUUAAACAAAACAUGCUUUUUUUCUAGUUAUUUGUGCCUAUUUGAAUAUUUUUUAAGUGCUCAAGAACUGCAUGCAAUCUAUUUUUGUCUAAAAACAUGCUUUACAGGGUUAACAGAGUUUGAAAAUGAUCUAAUUUUCAAUUUUUUUUUGUUAGUAAGAUGAAGACUUCUUACAGUGCACAUUAGACUUUAAUUUUAAAUAUUAUAUUUCCAAAUGGUAUAAUUAGAGUUUGGAUAAGACCAAUUGUGAAGCUUUGUAGAAAGUUGUCUUCUUUCUAACAAAAAAAAUAAAUAAAAAUAUUGAAGUUUGAUGUCUCUACAUCUAACUUGUAGAUGUAUAUAAUGUAGAGACAAAACAGGAGAGUUAACCUGGUACAGGGUACCAGGUUUUUUUACAGGUAAAUUUUAACAAUUUGUAAAACACCACAUCAGGACCCAAGAGGGCUUAUUAAGCUUUUUAAAGACUUUUAAUGAAGGUUCUCUUUGGUUUUUUUAAAUUUUAAAUCUGAUAAGUACCGAGCUCAAAUAUAAUAUAUUAAUAUAGAGAGAUGUUUUAUUAUGGAUUCAUUAUAUAAGUGGUAUAAAUUUGAUUUUAUUUAAUCCAUAUUUUGACAUUAAUACAUUGUUGAAAGUGCAUUUAUUGUCUCUGUCUAUCUAAUGGGCAAUAUGGUAAAAGUAUGUUUUGUAUUUCAAAUAGUAUCUGUUGGUUGUGUAAACUUGAAUUGGUUGUGAAAAUGAAUAUUACAAUUUUUUUUAAACUGAUUUUAUUUGCAUGUUGAAAUUUGUCUUUUUAAAAAUAUUUUUAAAAAAACCAUAAAAAUCAGUCUGAGAACUAUUGGAACAAAAUAACAAACAUAUUUUUUUCUAUAUUGCUCAUUAGAUAAAUAAUAGACAUCCUUAUAAACAUAAUAAUGCAAAUAAUUUAAUUUGGUUUUAUUUAUUUUUAAUUAUUAAGUGUUUUAUAUGUAUUAAUAACAUGAAAUAAUUUAUAAACAAUAAUAAUGAAAUAAAAAAUAAUAUCUUAUUAAAUUAGUACAAAUUUAUUUUACGAUGCAUGACAAAUAUACUAUUACUAUUAUUAUUAUUUAUAUAAUUCUGUUUUUACUACAUUUCAAAAAUAUAUUUUAUAUGUAUUCAUGAUGAAAGGAAUGUUUAAAAGACAUUCGUAUUUAUCCUGAACUUAGUGGCAGUCGUAAUGCUCUUUUAACCUUGAUUGAAAAACGACCAUAUUGGUGUAUUUCUAGACAACGUUCAUGGGGUGUACCAAUACCUGUUUUAUAUGAUGAAUCAGAUAAUGCUAUUAUUGACGAGUAAGUAUUUUGAGUUGAACAAUUAAAAAGUUUACGUUUUUUUGUUGCGUUUUAUUUUUUUAGAAAAUUAUUAAACAAUUAUUAUACCCUAUUAGAAGAAACAGGACAAGAUUUUUGGUGGAUAUACGAUGUGCAAAAAUUGGCAUCAAACACAUCACACAAUUCAGAAAAAUUAAAAAAAGGCCUUGUAUGUUACUUUUAUUUAAUAAAAAACUAUUAAUGUUUUAAAUUCUGAAUGGAACAAGAAAUAUUUGGUUUUACUUUAAUGUGUGCUUAUUAAUUAAGUAUUAUUUUUUUGUCAGUGAAAAACUUAACUACCAGUAAUCUGGCUACAAUAAAAUAUGAUAAGAAACCUGCUUCGAUUUUUUUGUAAAUUUCACUAUACUUGAGAAAAUUUAGGAAUAAAAAGACCAAUUCACAGUAUUCAAAGUUUCAAUAUUUUCUAUUUUUUUCUAUCAACAAUUUUGCACUAAAUUUCAAGAAAAUUUGUCUUUUCAGUGCAAAAGAAUGUUGUUUUUUGAUUUUCCAUAUAGUUUUAUUGAAAAUUCGGAAGAAAUACGAGAAAGUUCAUAGUAUUUAUAGUAUUACUAUUUCCUAGUUUAUUGUAAUUAUGUUAAAAAUGAUUGUAGAAAUCUGAAAUUUGUACAAAAUAAUUUUAUGAGAAUUUGUUAGACAUGGUAAAUUUUCAAAACAUGCUGAACAUUUUUUAGUAUUUAACCUUUUUAGUUUUUUUUAGUUUUAUUUAGUUUAAUUGUGGAUAAACAUUUUUUGAUUGAACAGAAAUGAUGGAAAAUUCUAAUUCUAAGUUCCUUAAAAGUUUAAUUUAGUAAACAAAAAAAAAAAGAGCCGAUAUUGGAAAUGGGUGUGCCACCGAUGUAGGUGGGAUGUUAAGAAGGUAGGAUACAUAAUGUUAUUUAAUUUUUAUCUUUAAGCAAUAAUCUAUUCCUAACGAAAAAACGAUUGGAUGCAUGUUUUGGUUUUACGUGUUUGAAAGCCCGUAAUAUUUACGAUUUUUAUAUUCACUCAAAUAAAAAAAAAAUAUAUUAAAUUUAGCUUUUUAUUAACUAACUGUUACAUUUUCAAGAUUUUAAAUUUGGUUGAAUAAUUAUGUACACAAAGUAACUGGGUACCAAUUAUUAAUAAUUUUAAAAAAACUUUUAACACGUCUAAAAAAAGACAAAUCUAAAAUUUUUGUUAAAAUGAUUAUAAACGAUUAUAACUAAAUUACCUACAACAAAAAAGUGAAUAAAAGAUUGAUUUCUGUACAUUUUCCAGUGCUUUCUAUGUUAUUCUGGGUUUUUCUAAUUUUAAUGCAAACCACUUGGAAAAUCAAAAAAACAACUGUCUUCUUUAUAAACUAGAUUAAAUAAUUUAUUAAUUUAUUAAUCUAUUUAAUAGUUUAUUACAUAAACAUAGACAAAUUAAAAAAAAAAAAAGGUCUCUAGGUAUUUUUUAAUUAAAGCAAUAUCUAUACAAGAAAACUUAAAUAUUUACUGCUUUAUUUCCGGGGUUUUCCAAUUAUUUUCAAAACCUUUCAAAAAACGAUCUAUUGUACCAACUAGAUAAAAUAUCCUUUCAGAAAAGGUGCAAUAAUUCAUAUAUUUGAGAAAGUUUUCUUUUCAAAAAUGUAUGAAUGCAUUUUUUUUAAAAUAUUUAUAACCAAACAUCAUUCAGAAUCCUUUUUUAUUAGGUUUACUGUUGUUAACAGAUAUAAAUUAAAUACAUUUUUGUAUCAAACCUCCCUCUAACCUUUCAUAUACUACACUAGUACACCAGUCUCUUUUUACAUAUAUGUAAUAAUAUUAUAAAUGUUUCAUAAUAGGAUAUUUUAGAUAUUUGGUUUGAUAGUGGCAUAUCUUGGAGCUGUGUAUUAGGCAAUAACACGAUUGCUGAUUUAUAUUUAGAAGGUGUCGAUCAAUGCACCGGUUGGUUUCAAGCAUCUCUCAUGUCGUCAAUUGCCCUGAGAAAUGCUUCACCAUUUAGGUAACAAACCAUUAUUACUUAUACUCUGAAUUUUUUUAUAAAAAAAUUUUUCACCUAGAUCUUUAUUUGUUCAUGGUUUUGUUGUGGAUGAGAAUGGUAGAAAAAUGUCCAAAUCUAUUGGAAAUGUAAUCGAUCCUCAAGAUAUAAUAAACGGAAAGUAUGAUCAGUCAAUUACUGGAGUUGAUAUACUAAGGUUGGAUUGAUAAAAUUUAAAAUUAAACUAUUUGUUUUGAAUUUUGUAUUGUUCUUUCUCGUGCAAUAAUUAGAUGGUGGGUUGCUAAACAUGGAUCACACCAAACAAAUAUUCCUGUAACAAAAGAAACCAUGAAUAAUACCAAACAAUCAAUUGAUAAAAUUCGUCUUAUUCUUCGUUUUUUACUCGGUUCAUUUAAUAAUAUAAAAGAACAUCACUUUAUACAUGGCAUAAAUCAUCUAAGAUAUUUAGAUAAAUAUAUUAUAUUGGAACUGAAAUUAUUUGAAAACGAAAUGAAUAUGCUUUAUAAUACAUUCCAGUAUAAUAAAGUAUGUAUUAAACUAUUGCAUUUCAUUACAAAUACAAUUUCUGGAUUAUACGUACACCACAUCAAAGAUAGGUAUAAUAUAAUACAUGUUUCACGUAAAUUCCACUAUAUACAUUAUACUAACAUUAUAAUAUUUCAGACUCUAUUGUGAUCCUAUCGAAUCGAAUAACAGAUUAGCAUGUACAGCAACAUUACAAGUCAUAUUUGAAAAUCUUCUUAAACACAUAGCCCCAAUUUUACCGCAUUUAGCCGAAGAAGCAUUUUCAUUUUAUCCACUCAGUAAUAUUUAAGUGUUUAAUUUUUUUUUUAAAUUAAAAGUGUAAUUUUUUGUUUAUUGUUUAUUUUAGGAAAGACCACUUUUUUUAAGACACCUAUAAUGAAUCUUAAUGAAAUAGUUAUUCCAGAUUCUGAAAAAGUAAUAUCUGUUAUAGAAAAAGGUUUAGAGGUGAAAAGCAAAGUGUCUAAUAUAUUACAUGGGACAAAUUCUCUUAAACAAUCUUUAAUUAUUGCUGCACCCGAUGAAACACAUAAUCUACUUCAGGUAAAAAAAUAAUAUAAUUAAGUAUAAAGUAAUUUAAAUUAAGAACAUUUUAGUUCAAAAAAAUUUCUUUGAAUGCAUCUAUUAUCAUAAAUAUAAUAACUAUUAUCAGUUGUGUACUGGGAAAAUAAGAAAGUUUCUCCUGUUAGGUUCAUGGUCAACAAGUAGGUAUUCAUAAUAUGACAUUAAACAUAAAUUCUUCUUAGAAGAUGGGAAACAAUAAAAUGAAGGCCAAUUAAGUUAACAUUUUUCGGGGAUUUUUCAAUGUAUUAUUUUAAUAUUACCUUGAAAGUAUUACAACUUAAUUUAUUAAAGCCAUAAUAUUUAAAUAAAUUUAAAAAGGUAUAUAAAUUAUAGUUAAUAUAAUUAUAAAAUUACAUGCAAAUAUAAAAUGCUAACAAAUAUUUUAUUUAUUUUACAAAACAUUUUUGAAAAGAAUAUUACAAAGUAAAAUGUAUAACUUAGGUUUCACAUAACAAAUAACUUUAAUUUUGUUCCAGCAUUUACAUCCUAAAAACAGUGAUAGAAAAUCAGAUUUAAUUGAAUUACUUCAAGUUAAUUCAAUUGAAUUAACUCUUAGUAAUAUAAUUGAUGUGAAAACAAUAGACUCAAAAGGAAUUUUAUGUAAACGAUGCCGCAGAUGGUCAGCAGAAAAACAAGAAGAGUUAUGUAAACGAUGUGAAAAAACCAUUACAAUUUUUAAUUCAAAAUAA